AAAUCGUCCACUCAGACUGAGUAAGACCAGCAACCACGUCUACAGCAAAGCAAGGCAGAUCGAAAAACAGAGGCAACAUCGAGACAAGACAAAGAAUGGAUCCUAAACUGAGAUGACAGAUUGAGAAUAACAAAGUCUGGAAUGAUGUGGUAGACGUUUUGACCCAUUUGUUGCUGGCAGAAAUUACGGCCGAUAACUUUCUGCAGUAACUUAAAUUUUCCGAGAGUAUUCUCUCCACCUUGGGCACCUUGGCGUCUAAAGUUAAUUUAAUUGCGAUUUUUUUUUGGAUUAACACACACUAGUCUUAUCAAUCAGGAAACUCGUCGGAAGGACUUGAGUGUACAGUAUUUUGUACAGUAUCCACUACUGUUAACCUUUUUAAAAAUAUAACUUAUUUCCAUCUCUGUUAUUGCACCCCCCUUUUUUGGGACGUUCCAAGGACAGUUUUGCUCGCCACUGGGAAUGUUGUAUCGGCUGAAGAUGCUUAGGGUACUUUUCGGCGCCCUGUCAAGCAUAUUGUUGGCACAGGGUGGAACGUCGGAAAAAGAAGUCAGACCAGAGGCCUGGUUGCAACAAUAUGGCUACCUGCCACCAGGUGAUGUGCGGGCCCAAGCCAUCCGCUCCCCCCAGUCCAUCCGCAGCGCCAUCUCAGCCAUGCAGAAGUUCUACGGCCUCACAAUCACAGGAAAUAUCGACCAAGAGACUAUGUCGGCGAUGAGCCGUCCUCGCUGUGGCGUGCCAGACAAAUUCGGCUCCGAGCUCAAGAGCAACCUGAGGAAAAAACGCUACGUCAUCCAGGGCCUCAAGUGGGAUCAGAGAGAGAUCACCUACAGUAUACAAAACCACAGCCCUAAAGUCGGGGAGUAUGAGACGUUCGAGGCCAUCCGCAAGGCCUUCAGGGUCUGGGAGAGUGUGAUUCCUCUCAGGUUCCGGGAGAUCCCCUACAGUCACAUCAAAGGCAAGGUGGACAGGUACGCAGACAUCAUGCUCUUCUUCGCUGAAGGCUUCCACGGCGACAGCACACCAUUCGAUGGCGAGGGCGGCUUCUUGGCCCAUGCUUACUUCCCUGGACCUGGCAUCGGAGGAGACACACAUUUUGACAGUGCGGAGCCAUGGACUACAGGCACUGUGGAUCAAGGGGGUAAUGAUGUGUUCCUGGUUGCUGUGCACGAGCUUGGCCACGCCCUGGGUCUGGAGCACUCCAACAAUCCAAAUGCCAUCAUGGCACCAUUCUACCAGUGGAUGGAAACCGAGAACUUUGAACUGCCAGACGACGACCGCUUAGGAAUACAGGCCAUCUAUGGAACCAGGACGGGAGAGGCACCUGCCCCUCCCAAACCCACCCGCAAGCCUGACCGCAGGCCCUCUCAUGGCCCAGACGUCUGCGAGGGCCACUUUGAUUUCAUCACUGUGCUGAGAGAUGAGAUGUUUGUCUUCAAGGACAAGUGGGUGUGGCGUGUGCGUAACAACAAAGUUGUGCAAGGAUACCCCCGCCUCAUCGAAAACAUCUUCAAGGGUUUACCAGACACCAUUCAUGCUGCUUAUGAACGUGCGGACGGGAAGUUUGUCUUCUUCAAAGAUCAAAAGUAUUGGGUGUUCAAUGAGUUCACCAUGGAGAAAGGCUACCCCAAGAACCUGAAGGAGAUGGGUAGUGGACUGCCCAAAGACAGACUGGAUGCUGCCCUCCUCUACACCCCAACUGGCAUGACCUAUUUCUUCAGAGGCGAUAAAUAUUACAAAUUUAACGAGAGGACUCGUAGUGUGGACCCUGAGUACCCCAAACCCAUCAGCGUGUGGAAGGGAGUGCCCAGCAACAUCAAGGGGGCCAUGAUGAGCGAGGAUGGAGCCUACACCUACUUCUACAAGGGCAACAAGUACUGGAAGUUCAACAACCAGCACCUGCGGGUGGAGUCGGGCUUCCCCAAGUCUGUGCUCAGCGGCUGGAUGGGCUGCGAGAGCGAGGACCCCAAGAGGAACGGCGUGGACGAGGAGGUGAUCAUCAUCGAGGCCCAGGAGCAGAACUGGGCCAUGGCCGUGGUGCUGCCCCUCUUCCUGCUGGCCUGCAUCCUCAGCACCCUGGGCGUGCUGCUCUUCUUCCACAGAUACGGCUACCCGCGCCGCCUGCUCUACUGCCAGCGCUCCCUCCUGGACAAGGUCUAAAGAGAAGAGCCGAGAAGGUGCAGACGACACAGACCAGCAAGACAUGAUGGGAAGAGAAGAGGAUGAUGGGACUGGCAAUGCGGAGGGCUGUGAGGGAAUAAACAUGAGGAAAACUUUGGAGGGGAAUGGAAUGGUGCUAGGGGAAGUGGCAAAAUAAGGGGGGGAUGAUGUGGAAAGAGGAAGAAUGAAGGACUUCAGUGGGGGGUUUAAAAAGGCUAAGGAGGGGGUCAAGACAAAUAGAAUGUUUCUGACUCCAAAGAAAGAUGUCUGUUGUAUGGUUCUUAUAUUUACAAUGUACAGUUCUAUCCUCUGGAUCUUUGAACGAACCCACAUUAAGAGAGAGCGAAGCUAAGAUGGGAUACCCAGGUAGUCAGUGCCAUAUCACAUAUCAGGUUUUCUUAUUAUAGUGGUGGCUGCCCUUGGCCCUUUGCCUGAGCAUCUUCUGUCUUGAACUUGACUCCAGCUUUACUGCUGUUUGGUUAAAAUUCUUUUUCUUUCCUCCUUUUAUCUUUUGUAUCUCUUGGUAAGACAACUUCACAAAAUGUCCUCAAUUUUUACUUUCGUCGUACAUGAAUUGAUAAUAUCCCCUGCGCUAAGCCGUUUUCCAAACAAGAGCUUGUGCACAUGAGGAGUUCUCAUCUGUCUACGUCUAGACUGUUUGGUGCACUUUCUUCCUCAGAUUUCGAAGGGAACAGGACACUUAAUGCGUCCAGCUGAAUGUUUCUGAGAACACAGCAGAGGCGUUUUUUUCUCUUCUGUUUCAGAGUUGCAUACAUAACACGGUUGCUGGAUAGCAUGAUGGAGGAAAAUGUAACUGACAUGAACUCAUAACUAUCGGUACCAAACUGACUGUAAGCACUUAAACGUUUCCAAAUUGGCCUAAUGGCUGAUUUCUUUUAACCAAAGUUAGUGUGAAGAACAAUCACGUAAAUGCACUUAAGUGCAUGGCCUGGACUGCCUUUCAGGGACUGCGGUGGGGGCAUUCAUCUUACAGGACCCUUCUGAUCCUUUUAUCUAACUCCAGGCUUAGAUUUUGAAUGAAGACAUUACAAUUAGAGGACCACUGAUCAACUGCCCAAUUGAUCUAAUAAUGAUCUAAUAAAACAUUCCUUUUUAUGGAUUAAAUGACUAAAACAAUGGGUAUUUUAACACUAUCAUUAAUCAUUAUGUAAUAUCCAGUAUGAUAUCAAUGUUAGUCCCAGUCUGAAAUCAAAGCAUGCAUCAGGCUAGGAUGGUACUCACCCUUCCACCAACCCUCCCCUGCUCUUCUCUCCCUAUUGACCAAGGUGGCAGCCAUUUUGUACGGUGAGGGAAAUAGGUCAGGUGUACGGAGAGAAUUCAUCAGUUCUGGACUGAACACAGUUUAACGGAUCUCUCUCAGAGUAGAGCAUUUUUGAUUGGUACAGUUUGAGGUACAUUGUUUUUUUUUGCUAUUAUUGUUUUGUACUACUUUUGCUAUUGUUGUGGCCAAUAUUCUUGUUUAAAUUGUUCUCCACUUUCUACGUUUUUGAAAUUAUUUUCUAACAGUGUCAUUGCAAAGUCCUGCUGGACAGAGGCAUUCCAUUGCAGUUUUUAAAAACUGGUUUUUAAACUUUUUAUAUCAGGUUGCUCCAUUGGGUGAAAUGGGAGCAAGUGAGAGCUGAGGGUUUCUUUAUGUGAAGCCCGCUUUCUAGGAGUAAAUCAUGUAAUGUCAACAAUUUACAUGUUUAGAAAGUCCGGUGUAUUUUGAAGAAAGAUUCAAUUUCAAAGGAAGCAGCUUAGAAGAAAAUCAAUGUUAUUGGUGAUUAUAUUUAUAAUAAUGAAUCUAAUAAGAAGAAAACAAGACGUUGCUUGCCUCAAAUCAUUUUGUAUUUCAUGAAUGCAAAAUAAAGUUAUUUUCUAAACAUA